AUGGCCUCAAGUAACUCAAACUUUGACUCUUUGCAGCUUGUGAGCGAGAAUAUUUAUCUACAUGAACCUCAUGAAAGUGUGGCUGGCCAGGUCACAGUUGACGGAGCGUCACCGUCAAUAAUCAUCCUCUGCACUUGGAAUGGCGGAGCAACCCCGCGGCGGAUCAACAAAUACAUCACUCAAUAUCGCCAGAUGUACCCAGGAGCCAGCAUCCUUGUCAUUACAACUACUAUUUACGACACGGCAUUCUGGCCGCUCCGCCUGAUCCGCGCGCGUCUGCAACCAACUUGCCAAGUGAUCCAACGGAUUCUAGAAAAGUCGACCAAUCCCGGCACUUUGCUUCAUUUCUUCUCCAAUGGCGGCGGUAGUAUGGGUGCCCAACUGGCACUGGCAAUGCAAGAGGGUGCCGACCAAGGCGCAUUAUUCCUCUCAAGUCUUCGUGGCGUAAUCUUCGACUGUUGUCCCGGUGACGACAGCUUCGAGAAGACAUAUGGAGCCGUAAGACUGUCGAUGGGCAAGGACACAAUAUCCCAACUCUACACGAAGACAAUGCUCUAUCCCUCGGUCGCUGUGGUUAAGAUACUCCAGAACUCGGGUGUACUGCGCUCUAUGCGGGACUUGCGUGAGUUACUCAAUGAUCCAUCUACUUUUGGGAGACGGACAAGGAGGCUGUACAUGUACACAAAAGAGGAUAACAUGGUUGGGUGGAGAGAUGUGCAAACACAUAUUGAUCAGGCCCGGGACAGGGGUUAUCAUGCCGAUCAGGUUCUCUUUGAGCAUGGGCCGCAUUGUGGUUUGAUAAUGGAAGAUUCUACGCGGUACUGGUUGGCUGUGCAGCGGUUUUGGGAUGGAUAUGACGUUGCAGACCCUGGUGUAUCUCACCCAGAGCAGAUUGUUCGCAGCCGCUUGUGA